AUGCUCAGCAGAGGGAACAUAUCCCAGCCGGAAAAUGUCGCUUUAAUCGGCAAUUACUAUCCUGAACGCUGGCUGUCUACGGGGAUUCCUUACGAGUUCACCACUCGGCCUACCGUAUCACCACCGGCUGCUCUUGUGAGCGAAUUCAACCGGCUUACGGCUGAAAUUGGGGUCCUGGGCCUGUAUCACGUCGGCGAUGAAGUCGACACCAAGAUGAUUGAGCACACCGAGGGACGCAAGAAUAUCAUGACGCCCUUUCUCGAUACAGAUGAAUCCAAAACAGUCAGUCACACGGAGACAGCCUGGAACUUGGGCAAGGGCAAUCCUGUUACCAUGUCCUGUAUGAUUAUAUGUGACUCACGAACCACCAGGAACGGAGUGGCGCAGCACAAGGGUAUGCAUAGACUUCUCCGCUUUGAUUCGCAAGCUGACCACGAGAUCAAUCAAGGCACGAAGUCCCAUCAUAAAUAG